UGAGUCAGGGCUAAGGACUCUGAACAAAGGUCUUGGGUAGGGCUCCUCAGAACUUCCGGGACCGUCCCCUGCCUCUGGCCCGGCAGACGUACCUUCUCUCACCACCAUGGAGGUCGAUCUGUCAGCAGCCCUCGAGUCCACUUCCAAGAAGCCCCAGGGGGCAGGCAAGGUGGGAGACCCCAAGCACGCCCCCGCCAAAGUUCAGGGAGCUGAUAACCUGAAGCAUCAGCACGGCCACGGCCAUGAGCACAGCCACGAGCACGGGAGCGCCUCAGAUUCCAGCAGCAGCUCCAGCGACUCAGAAAAUGAGGCGAAGCCUGGCGCGGCCGGCUCCGAGGAGCACAAAAGCGCCCCGGGGAAGGUCAAGAAGUCCAAGGUGAAAAAGGAGAAGAAGAAGAAGGAGGAGAAGAAGAAGGAGGGCAAGAAGAAGGAGGCUUCCCACUGACGGGCCUGGCCUGGGCUCAUUAAAACUUCU